UGUCUUCACUGUUCUUUUGAUGUUGGAGCCUGGCAAAUUCCUGCUAGGGAUGGCUGGCUGUGAAUCCCUAUUGAAAUUCUGGCCCGGUGCUACUCUGAAAACCCUGCAGCAAGUGUUCAUGUUUGGAAGAGCUGUAGCCUGAACCCACCACUUGACUUCUGGUUCCAGAGCAAAGUCAUUCCACAGGGUGUGGUAGAGGUGGCCCUCACAGAUAUUAAUGCUUCAGGAGGAUUUGCUUUCCCAUCCCAUGACUUCCCUGUGUGGUUUCAUCCUCAUGGACGCCAAAGUCACCUCUGAAGUCCGUGUCCUGUAUAAUAUUCCUCACUAGAUAGUUACAACCUGCCUGCCUGAAGUCCCUUUUGUAGUUUAAUCCAUGCCAAUGGAUCUGCUUUGGAUCUUGGAGUCACCUUUCUGGGGCAAGUCACAUGUGGCUGAUCUGGCUUCACCUCAGGAAUGUGGGAUGUGGAUGAGCAGUCCUCAAAUCUGAAGUGCCCCAAGACUCUUAAGGAUGACGUGCAUUCCAUCAGAGGAGUGAAGCAGCUGCUGGUCAGUGGUGGAUAGGAAGCAGGACUUGUGUGGGGUGAAAAUACCUUGGAAGUUCUCGAAAGAUGAAGGCAGGAAAAGCAAUGAUUCAGUUCUGCCUUUCUUUGAGAGCUAGAAUGUAGGUGUCCUCAUUUUUUUUACCUUGUGACUUUGUCAUCCAGGAUAUGGCCAAAAAGAGAGACUAAAAUGAGCAACUUGUUCUCUUUUUUCCCUUCCACCAUUGAUGAAUAUAUUAGCAAGGACUGUGACCUGAGACUAGAAAACAUCUGGCUUCUUUCACCUGUUCUGUCCUUGCUUCUCAGUAGGCAGAGGGAGGGUCUCCUGCAGGGUGCUUUUAUGAUGUUCAGGUGCCUCACGAUCAUCUGUCAUCCAAUGCAAGCCAGGAGGCAACUGCCCCAGCAGACACAGAGGCAUGACUAGGCAGCUCUCCCCUCUAUCUGUUGCUGAAGAUUCUGCUGCUCCCAUUCUUGAGCUGCAGAAUCGAAGUCCCUCGGGAAUCUGUCGGCACAGCAGAGUCGAGAGGCAGAGCAGAUCAGGAGAAGAAGGAACACAAACGCACACAGAGAGCAGCAGCCAAGAAGCUGAAGGACAGACACGAUGCCAGUCUUGCACAUCCACAUUUCUCAAGCUAAUCUGGAGAUUCCUGAUCAUUUUGUCCGUCUCUUCCUCCUGGGUUGGGACCACACAGUUCGUAAAGAUCACUUUUGAGACCUUUGACUGUCCCUUUUUCAUGACUUGGUUCUCAACAAACUGGAACAUUAUGAUUUUUCCCAUUUAUUAUUCCGGGCAUCUUGCAACUGCACAGGAAAAGCAGUCUCCAAUCAAAAAAUUCAGGGAAUGCAGUCGGAUUUUUGGUGAAGAUGGUCUGACGCUGAAACUCUUUCUUAAAAGGACUGCUCCUUUUUCUAUUCUGUGGACUUUGACUAACUACCUGUAUUUACUGGCUUUAAAGAAGCUCACAGCCACAGACGUCUCUGCCCUGUUCUGUUGUAACAAAGCUUUUGUCUUCUUGCUUUCUUGGAUUGUGCUCAAAGACAGGUUCAUGGGAGCAAGGAUAGUGGCAGCAAUAAUGGCAAUCACAGGAAUUGUAAUGAUGGCAUAUGCAGAUGGUUUCCAGGGUGAUUCCAUUAUCGGGGUGGCCUACGCCGUGGGAUCAGCCUCCACGUCUGCACUCUAUAAGGUUUUGUUCAAAAUGUUUCUUGGGAGUGCAAACUUCGGGGAAGCAGCUCAUUUCGUGUCCACCCUGGGCUUCUUCAACUUCAUCUUCAUCUCCAUCACCCCAAUCAUCCUCUACUUCACAAAAGUGGAGUACUGGUACCCCUUCUCUGCUGUGCCGUGGGGUUACCUGUGUGGAGUAGCUGGCCUCUGGUUAGCUUUCAACAUCCUGGUUAACGUCGGGGUGGUGCUGACCUACCCCAUCCUGAUCUCCAUCGGCACCGUGCUCAGCGUCCCUGGGAAUGCAGCCGUGGACCUGUUGAAGCACAAAAUGAUCUUCAGCGUGGUGCGGCUGGGGGCCACCAUCAUCAUCUGCAUCGGGUUCCUGCUGAUGCUGCUGCCCGAGGAGUGGGACGAGAUCACCCUGAGGUUCAUCAACAGCCUGAAGGAGAAGAAGAGCGAGGAUCACUCCGAGGACAUCACGGAAUCCAGCGUCCACACGAGGAGCAGGAGCAGAGCCAACGGGACAGUGUCCAUCCCGCUGGCGUAGGGCUGGAGGACUCUCCCUGCAGGCAGAUGUAUAUUCUGUGAAUAUAGCUUAACUUUCCUCACCACCUGUAUGCUUCAAAAAAAAUGUCAUCUAACCUGAGCAGGGGAUGAACUGUAAGAUAAGAGAAGUACAUCUAUAAUAAAUGUUUACAUUUAUACACUUAACAAGGAACCGGUGUAAAUAACUGCAAUAAAAUCUUUUGUAAUA